UCGGCACCCACGCAUUGAGUGUUUCGAAUAAAAUAAUUGAAACAACAAAUAACAUGUGCGUUACAGUUACUACUUUAUUUCUGCUCAUUGUGUUAAGUUGUACGCCAGUUUACACGGAAACAAAAAACUGUACCGACUGCAUUCCCCACAAGUCAUGUGAUGCUGCUGUGGAAGCCAUUAAGAAGAAUGAUCCAGCCAUCGACGCCCAGCUCACCAGUGCCUUCUGCGGGUUCGAGGGUGGGAGACCCAUGGUAUGUUGCUCCGAGCUGACCGAGCUGGGACAUUCCGCCGAUAACCAUCCCAACCUUUCUCUGUUACCGGACGACUGCGGCAUUGGAGGGGAGGACUUUGCAGACAGACUUGCUGGAGCAACGCCUGAGGAUGGUCCCCAGUUUAACUGCGGCGGUACUCUCAUCAACGACCGCUACGUGUUGACAGCGGCCCACUGUGUCAGGGUGCGAGGGAAAUUGCUGAGCGUGAGGAUAGGGGAAUACGAUGUGGACACAACUACAGACUGCAUUGGAGAUAAAUGUGAAUCUUACGUACAGGACAUAGACAUAGAAGAGACCGUUGUUCACCCUGAAAACGACCUUGAUUACCCUAUUAAGAAUGACAUCGGACUCAUUAGACUGAACGAUACUGUAAAUUUUUCAAAAAAUGCUGGUACAAUCUGCCUACCCGUGACCCGCUAUUUGCGAACCCGAGACACCGACAACCUAAGUGCCACCGUCUCCCAUUGGAGGUAUUCGGAGAGUGGCUACGCGUUCUCCAAAAUGCUGUAUGCGGAUGUUAAAAUUAACAAUCCUCAGCACUGUAAGGACCAGUAUGACAAGUACACAACUAAAAAAAAUGCCAAAACAGAUGACAUGCUCAACAAGAUCUGCGGCUCCUAUCCAGACGGCUCGGGCACCUGCCCCGUCGCAGGAAGCCCCUUGAUGGUACAGAGCCAGCUUGGGGACCGGUACCGCUUCGUCCAGUACGGGGUCGAGUCGUACGGACCGAGACUCUGUGGCACAUUGUCACUUCCUGAAGUCUACACUGACGUCACUAAGUACAUGACGUGGAUUCUGGAUACAAUAAGGCCUUGAGUCAACAUCACUAAU